AUGGUCCAUCUCCUGAAAAGGGUUCAUGGAACCAUGACGAGUUGGUUGAAAGCUCUCAUGUUUGUGAGUAUCUUCCUCUAUACCACGGGAAGAGGAAUUCAAUGGAUUCGGGAUGUGUUGGUUCCCUACCUGAUGAGAAUAAGUACUUGUUCGUAUCGUGAUCAUCAUCAUCAACGGCAGGCAUCUUUCUUAUCAUCCUCCUCCUCAUCAUCAUCACAUGAAGGUAAUCAAUCAUCAUCUUCCUCCUCCUCCUCCGAGUAUAACCACAACAACAGCAAUACGUAUGAUCAUGGUCAGCACACCACACAACAGAAAGAGGUGAACGUGGAAACACCUUCCGAGUUGUUGUCUUCUAAAGUUAUUGAAUAUUUCCAACUUGAAAUACCUGUUCCCUACAUCAACCUCAAGAGCCUCUUUUCCAAUGACAAUGUCUUGCCAUCGAAUGACCCCUUCAUCAUGAAUCAAUUCACUUCCGAUUUUCUCAAUAAUAUUGCAAAACGAAUGGAUUUUCUACACAAGAAUUAUGUAAGAUAUUUGAACAAGUUGGCAUCAAGUAAUGAUGAUGAUGAUGGUAUGAAUGCAUCCAAUCAACAAGAAGAUUUAUCAUCCUCUAACACAUCAACAUUGCCAACUGCAACACCCACCAUGGAUAGAAACAACACUCAAAGAACAUCCUUACAAAAGAGAAUGUAUCCUAUUGUAUUUCGGAACAAGUUCAGUCUUGCAAAGGAUUUACUGUUAAGAGAUCUUCAUGACUCGAUUGAAAAGUGUCAACUCAAAACAGAGAUGUAUCGUCAGCAAGUGAAGGCCAUUUCGAGAUUUAUCCCUCCAUCAUUUUUUCUUAACGACCCAUCAUUUGCUCCCUAUUAUUGGGUACUGACAGAUGUUGACUACAAACUGAUGCCACCAUUCCUUCGUAAUUAUGUUCUCUAUUCAUCAUCGUUGGUGGCAUCAAUGUAUGGUGGGCCAUUUUACUCUCCCUUCAUGGGCUUUGAUGAGAGUGGAGUGAUGCCACUCGGUUCACAACAACAGACCAGCAUGAUGACGAGUAGUAGUAUUACCAGCAUCAGCAACAAUAGACAUGGAGAGACAUCUAUUCCUUCCUACAUUCGGGAUAGGAUUAGAUACGAGUGGGAAUUGUUUAUUCGACAAAAUAAGAGCAUACUGCAUCGAUUUGACUUUUUAUACAACGCAUUCUUGAGUAGAAAUGGUUUGUGUGUGACAAAUAAGGACGAUGAAUCCAGGUAUCGAAAGGAGUUUACAGAACAAUGUUUCAAAUUACUCAAAAGUAGACGUAAAGUAGCACUGAGAAAGAUAAAAACAAUCCGAUUGAAACAAAUAAGGCCGAGUGAGCGUGAAAAGAGUCAACUGAGAACACAAUACACCAAGUUAAAACAAUUGGAACUGCUUCCAUGA